GGAGCCCAACUCUAGUUCCAGCAGUCGCCAUUACUGUCUGAUCGAUACGUUUUCCGACAGGAAAAACGACUCAAAAAAUUUGCGUUUACGAGAUACCUGUUACGUGCAAGUUAAACCAAAAACAAUUAUUUCCAGUGUGUGGAGGCUUGAAUUUAUUCAACUUCAACAGGUACCCCUCACACUAUGUCAACGUCUAAUAUUUUGCUAGUUACAGGAAGGCCAGGUAUCGGUAAAACCACUUUGGUUUCUCAUGUUUUUGAAGAGCUUCUUAAAAAUGGUAUACAGGCAGUUGGCUUUAAGACAGAAGAAGUUCGACAGUUCUAUUCAGGAAAGUCUACUCGUUUUGGAUUUGAUGUAGUUCUAUUCGAUUCAUCUCGAACAUAUCCUAGAGCUUCAUUAGCUCGUCUAAUUAACCAUUCAAGUCAACAAGUACAACGUCAACCUCGUGUUGGUCAGUACCUAGUAAAUAUAUCAUCGUUUGAGAGUUUGGCUAUUCCUUGUUUACAGUCUAUUAUAAACGAUUUGGAAAACGUUUCUUCCAUUAACAAUGUAAGAAAAAAUGAUUUAAUAGUCUGUAUCAUUGACGAGAUUGGUAAAAUGGAGCUAUGCUCAUCAAAGUUCACUUAUCUAAUUGAAAAGUUGAUUUCAUCAAUUUCGAAUUUACCUACAAAUAGUCAACGUGAUAUAAAACAUCCUACAGUUGUUCUUUUGGCUACUGUACCAUCACCGAAAAGACAAGAUGGUACACGUGGUAUUCCGAUGGUCGAUCAUAUCUGUUCAAUGAAGGAGGCUUCGAUAAUAGAGAUUGAUUUAUCAAAUCGUGAUGAGAUAAUUCAAGAAAUAAUGGAAAGAAUAUUAAAAUGUAAAUCUUCAUAGAGUAGUAAUACUUUAUGUUUUGUGAUUGGUUCACAAGGAUUUCAUGAAUGAAGAAGCUUCGUCCCCACAAUAUUCUUAACAGAAUCUAAUAAACAUAUAUCCGUUUUGUUGUUUUACUAUUUUCGUCAGUAUGGUUGAUGUUCUGGUUAUCAUUUUUUCAUGUGAAAUAUAACGGUGAUAAUGCAGGUUAGUAUUUUUGUUUACAUUGCUGUCACCAUCUAAUAACAAUCAUUUUGUGUUUACUGAUGACGAACAUAGAGAAAUAAUUCUUGAAGUUCUUAUGAGGAGUUGUAAACAGUGGAGUUUAACUGUGUUGUAUGUAAGACAGCAUGUCACUAAUUUCAAUGAAUGAUGCUCAGAAAAUAUUAUGAGUUGAUUGAAGUUAGAAAUUGUUGGGGACGAUAGAUCCCCAAUGGUUAUCCCAUCAAAGUCUGUCUGUUAUAUGAAAAUUCAGACUUAAUAUGCUCAUUAAUGUGUCUUAUUGACCUGGUCGUUACUGAAGGUUUAAUUCGUGUUUAUUUUAGGUCUGAAUAGAUUAGGAUAUGAAACAUGAAAAAAAGUAGUUAACUGCAUUUUGACG